AUGAAGAAGCUGAAACGACGUUUGAGUGCUGCGUUCCGUAGCGGUGGAUCACAACAGAACGUCGAGCUUUGCGGUGCCGGCGGUCUCACCAACGGGGGAUUAUCGCACUUGGACACUACUCAAUGGAUUAUGAGUUACGGAGCGCCAACAGCGGUUCAUUUGUUCUUAUUGUUAGUCAACUGGUUCUGGUUACGCUGUGGCGUGUACGAGAUUGUAGGAUGUGGAGUGAACCGUUCGAUAGCUGAACAAAAUGCUCGUAACUUGGCAAUGGGUUUCCGUAACAUAUUCACCGCUAUGUGA